AUCACGUUCACGGUGUGCUUGCGAGUGAAAAGUACUGAUUUUUCUGAAUCAGAAUUCUUAAAACUUACUAUUGUUACGGUUUCCUCGGGUUUAAGGUAUCGCUACUUCCUUAAAAAAUGCAACCGCAGAUCAUCAUUUUGAAGGCGGGAACUGAUAGUUCCCAAGGCAAGCGGCAGCUCGUUUCGAAUAUAAACGCAUGCCAAUCGAUCGUGGAUGCAGUACGCACGACGCUGGGCCCCCGUGGCAUGGAUAAACUGAUCGUGGACACCAAGGGCAAGGCAACAAUCUCCAACGAUGGGGCAACGAUUAUGAAACUGCUGGACAUUGUGCACCCGGCUGCGAAAACGUUGGUCGAUAUUGCCAAAUCGCAGGAUGCAGAAGUAGGCGAUGGCACCACGAGUGUGGUGCUCCUGGCGGGUGAGUUCUUGAAGCAGUUGAAACCGUUCGUAGAGGAAGGUGUGCAUCCGCGGAUCAUCAUCAAGGCAGUUCGCAGAGCCCUUACUCUCUGCAUUGCGCAGAUUAAUGAACUAGCGUUCAAGAUCGAGAAGCAUGACAACGAGAAACAUCGUGCGCUGCUCGAGAAAUGCGCUGCCACCGCACUCAACUCGAAGCUUAUCCACCAGCAGAAGGAGUUUUUCUCCAAAAUGGUAGUAGAUUCGGUGACGACGCUCGAUUCGCUGCUGCCAUUGAACAUGAUUGGCAUAAAGAAGGUGACCGGUGGCGCAUUGGAGGAAUCCAUGCUGGUCGAAGGGGUAGCGUUUAAGAAAACGUUUGCCUACGCUGGUUUCGAGAUGCAACCCAAGAGCUACGAUAACGUGAAAAUCGCACUGCUCAACAUUGAACUGGAGUUGAAGGCGGAGCGGGACAAUGCAGAAGUGCGCGUGAAUAACGUGGCCGAGUAUCAGAAGAUCGUGGAUGCGGAAUGGCAGAUUCUUUACGAUAAGCUGGAUAAAAUUCACAAAUCGGGCGCACAGGUAGUGCUCUCGAAGCUGCCAAUUGGUGAUGUGGCCACGCAAUAUUUUGCCGAUCGCGAUAUGUUCUGUGCCGGCCGUGUGCCCGAGGAGGACUUGCAGCGUACACAGAAGGCAUGCGGUGGUGCUGUAAUGACCACGGUUCAGGAUAUUAGCGACAAAGUGCUGGGAAAUUGCGCUCAUUUCGAGGAGCGCCAAAUCGGCAGCGAACGAUUCAACGUUUUCCAAGGUUGCCCGAACGCGAAAACAUGCACGAUUAUUCUGCGCGGUGGUGCUGAACAGUUUCUAGAGGAAACAGAACGAUCGUUGCAUGAUGCGAUCAUGAUCGUUCGUCGUACGAUUCGCAACGAUUCUGUAGUUGCAGGUGGUGGUGCUAUUGAAAUGGAGCUAUCGAAAAUGCUCCGUAACCACUCGCGUACUAUCGCAGGUAAGGAGCAACUACUUAUUGGCGCUAUUGCCAAAGCACUGGAAGUUAUUCCGCGUCAGUUGUGUGAUAAUGCCGGGUUUGAUGCAACCAACAUUCUCAACAAACUCCGUCAGAAGCACGCACAGGGAUGCCAAUGGUAUGGAGUGGACAUAUUGAAAGAACACAUUGCCGAUAACUUUGAAGCUUUCGUGUGGGAACCGUCUGUUAUUAAAAUCAAUGCCUUGACCGCCGCGUGCGAGGCAACUUGCAUGAUUCUCUCCGUGGACGAAACGAUCAAAAGUCCGAAAUCGGGCGGACAAGACGCCCCGCAGCCUCCAAUGGGGCGUGGCAUGGGUCGUCCUUUCUAAUUUCAUGUUUUGGCAUUUAUUUCACCUCCGUUUGUUCACGCUUAUCACAACCAUCCAUUUUCCUUCGUAUUCAUAUGUAUUAACACUAACAUCGCGAAAGGAAAGUUUGGCAUAAUUGUUUCAUAAGAUGCACACAACUGCGCUUGAUGAUAAUUUCACUUUCAAUUAACGAGAUAAUAAAAUACCUUUUUUGUCUUUUACACUCCCUUCUAAAAGGAGAAACA